UCGCCAGUCGGGCGGCGGUGCCGUGCGGGAAGGGACGCGCAGGGUUUGGGGAGUCGUUGUCGUCACCGGCGCUACGACCGGGGCCGCCACUGGGAUCGGGGCCGCUACCGGGACAGCGGCCGCCAUGGAGGCGCCGCCUGCGCCUCCCGCCGCGCCCCCCGCGCCCUGCAGCGCUGCGCGGAGCCUGCAGGACGAGCUGACGUGCCCUGUGUGCCUGGAGUACUUCAACGACCCGGUGCUGGUGGCCGAGUGCGGGCACAACUUCUGCCGCGCCUGCGUGACCCAGUGCUGGGAGGACUCGGCACGGCGUCUCUGCUGCCCGCAGUGCCGCGAGCCGGUCCCGCAGCGCCUCUUCCGCCCCAACCGCUCCCUUGGCAACAUCGUGCACAUCGUUCGCCAGCUGGGUCUGCCGCCGGGCCCCGCCGAGCCACCACCGGGGCCGCCCGCGCCGCCGCUGCCCGCGGCUGCCCCGGCCGGCCCACCGGGGCCGCCGCGCUGCCCGCGCCACGGGGAGCCGCUGCGGCUUUACUGCGUGCAGGACCGGCGGGCCGUGUGUGUCGUGUGUCACCUGUCCCGCGAGCACCGCGCCCACACUGUGCUGCCCGCCGAGGAGGCGGCCCACGCCGCGGAGGAGGUGCCGCAGGAGCACUUGAGCUCCCUGAGGAAAGGGCGUGAAGAGGCCAAGGCCGAGCGGGAGCGGCAGAGUGAGGAGCUGCUGAAGCAGACGGAGGUGGAGCGGCAGAAGAUCGUGGCUGAGUGCAAGGAGCUGCGGGCUUUCCUGGAGGAGAAGGAGCAGCUCCUGCUCUCCCGGCUGGAAGAGCUGGAGAGGGACAUUGGGCGGCGGAGGGACGAGAGCGUGGCCCGACUGGCUGAGGACAUUGCCCAGCUGGACAAGCUCCUGGCAGAGCAGGGCGGGGACAGUGGGACAGGGAACACACCUGGCGAGGGUGUCGUCCCAGCUGGCAGCAGCCUGGAAAGCUGGAUGUUCCUCAAGCCCGAGCCCGGCUUUUCUGAGCUGGAGAAGAAGCUGAAGAGCUUUUCCCAGAAGAGUGCAGUGCUCAAGGAAGUGCUGCUGGAAUUCAAGGAAAACCUGCGCUUUGAGCUGGAGAAUGACACAGGCGAGCUCUCCCUGGAUCCCGACACAGCCAACCCCUACCUGGUGCUGUCAGAGGACAAGCGGAGCGUGCGGCUCCGUGGGGCCCCUCAGGAGCUGCCGGCUCAUCCCAAACGCUUCGACUACGCCUUCUGCGUCCUGGCCUCCGAGGGCUUCUCUGCUGGCCGCCACUACUGGGAAGUGGAGGUGGGAGACGGGGAGAGCUGGGUGCUGGGCGCUGCCCGCGAGUCCGUGCGCCGCAAGGAGAAGGUCGACUUCGCCCCCGAGGAGGGGAUUUGGGCAGUGGGGCUCAACUGGAAGGGCAAAAAUUGGGAUCAGUACCAGGCGUUCACCUCUCCUGAGACACCGCUGUCCCUUUGUGAGCGGCCACGCAAGAUCGGGGUGUACCUGGACUAUGAGGGCGGGUGGGUGGCAUUUUACAACGCUGACAACAUGGCUCCCAUCUUCACCUUCACCGCCGCCUUCUCCGAGAGGAUCUUCCCGUUUUUCUGGCUCUUCUAUGUGGGCUCCUCGCUGUCCCUCUGCAACUGAGCCCACCCCGCUCACUGGUGUCCCUUGUCCCCUGCCAUCCUUAGGUUUUCCUUUGCUUCCAAGCAAAACGCCCCAAAUCCUGCCCUUGGCCAUUCAGGGGGGAUUUUUUUUCCUGUUGAAGUUCAAAGUUUGGAGUGUUUUUACCCUCAAAAUCUUCCUCAAGGGCGUUGUUUGGUGAGGGGGGGCUACUUGGCCACCCCCUCCUUGUUGCUGGUUAAACACCCCUGUAGUUCAUUUUCUAUUUUUCUUUGGAGCUGGAGCCCCAUGGAACAGGGAGAGGCUGAUCCCAUCCUACUUCGAAUAGUAGCCAAAGCUUUGUGUCCCACCUCCCCCCUAAAAUGCUGUGUGGAGAGGAGGGGUGUCGUUCCCCCCCUCAAUUUGGACACCAUUGGUUUCCAAGUCAUCCCAUCCCAUCUCCUUCCCUCCCCCCUGGGGAAAGGGCAGAGCCUGUCCUACUGUCACUGAGUGACCCCACCUAUAUUCCCUGUUGUCCCCCCAUUUCCCUCUCCUCGUACCCCCAUCACCUCCCAUUUCCCUCCUAGCCCCCUGUCCCCCCAUUGCCUCCCCGUCAACUCCACAUGUCCCUCUUUGCCUCCUCGUCUCCCCCACUUCCCCCUGCAUUUUGUUCCCCUAAAUUCUGAGCCCCUGGAGCCCUGGGAUCCCAGCAAGGGGAUGUGGAUAUUUGGGAUUACCCCAAACCCGGGCUGGGGGGUUUUGGGGGCCUGGGGGAGGGUGGGUCUGUGUUCUAGGUGUGAUCUUGCGCUUGCCCGCUCCCCUUGUGCCCUCCCCUCUGCUGCUGUUCGUGUCCUUUGCCCUGUCACUGUUAGUGGGGAAAUAAAAGUUGCUGUGCAAAAAAACCCUAAAACCCGAUAAUUUGGGGUUUUUGGUGCUGGGGGAGGAGGAAAAGCUGCUCUUGCACAGGAGGGAAUGGAGACAGGGACAUGCUGGGGUUCUGGGGGCACUUGCAAUUCACUGAAUGGUCCCAGCUUAGAGCUUCCAAGUAUCUGUAAGUUCAAAUUCUGGUUUAAAUCUGAGUUUUAAAUGAAAAUUAAAUAAAGUUUAAAGGAAAAGUUUGAAGCA